AUGUCUCGUUCAUACAGUAGACUUCGGAAACAAGUAGCUAUGUCUAGCUCCCUUUUCUUUAUUCUUCUCUCCUUACCAAUUCUUGUGAGUUGUUAUAAUACACAGUUCGGUGCUUUUAAUGUGGACAGUAUGACAUUGAUUUACAGAGGAGUCUAUCUUUACGAUGAAAAGGAUUCUCCUCGUGUCAGAAAGGGUAGCAAGAGUGAGAUCAGUCUCGAUAUCAAGAUUGUACCAAAGAAUUCCACAAGUGGUCUUCAUGGUUCUAUUGAGACCCUUAUCACCACAGAGGAGGUUUUUAAGAAUAUUGGGUAUGUUGAUAAGAACAAAAGACGAAUUGCUUGUUGUGAUGAUUAUGCUUAUACCGCCAAGAUCUGCAAGAAUAAAGACCAUCUUCUGCUUCCGCAAGGCUGGCAAUCGGAAUCCUUCUUGGAAAGAACCUCUCUCAGUGGUUCGGAGUCGUCGAUCAAGGUAAAUUACCAUCCCACCAAGACAGGUAUCUACUAUGUCCUCACCUCCGUCUGCGAGACGGACAUUUCCCCUCUGGUGAUGGAGGGCCGCAUGGCGGUGGAGAACCCCUUCGGCCACCUCCCAGCGACGCAGUACGGCAGUCUUCCCUUCUACUCGGUGACCUGCCUCGCCUAUUUUGUGUGUCUGGUGAUCUGGGGCAUGUGGUGCAUCUCCUACUCGAAAGAAAUCAUGAGCGUGCAGCUGAUCAUCAUGGUGGUGCUGAUCUCUUUCGUGCUUAACAACGUCGUGAAGGUGAUCUAUCUGGCCGUCUUCAACAUCACCGGUAACAACGUCUUCGUGCUCGUGCUGCUCUCCAUCCUCGUCGACUGCACCACGCGCGCGCUCACUCGCAUUCUCACGCUCCUCGUCUGCAUGGGGUCGCUUUGCCUCCUUCCGUUCAGCGUAGAUUGGGCGUCUGCCGAGCCACGCUCGGGAACUCGACCUGCAAGUUCGUGGUCUUCGGCGUGUCCUACUUCGCGAUUACUUUUUGGGACUCAUACAGCAAUAUGUACCCUUCGAACAACUCCAAUGCGGACGUGA